UAUUUACGUCCGCAUUUUCUACGGCCGCCUCUCCGUGAUCUGUCAGACCGUGGGACUUGGCUAGUGGCGUCAUUGUGCAAUUAUGGGUCGAAAUUGUUGAAAUUCAUUUAGAGUCAGCUUUCAUCGCAGUUCGACCAAAGCAGCGCUGUAAUCUGAACACUACUGGCCCUGUGAUGAAGUCAAACGGGAGCAACCGCGGUGCCCUGCGGCCGCACUACGGCGGACGAGCGCCGCCUUUCUUGCUUGCCGCACUGUUGAUCGGUCUUGUGCUCAUCGGCUUCUGCUACUACAACCUGUCGUCACAGUACAGUGCCUUGGAGGUGCAAUACCGGGACUUGCAAGAGCGACUGAGGGCCGUGGCAGAAAAGCGCGAAUCGCUGGAGACCCGCUACGACGAGCUCAAGAAGACGCUCGAGGACAACUCCAAGUCACUAGACGAGAGGGAUAAGCAGCUAUUGCAGAAAGAGCAAGACAGAGCUGCCGUUGAGGCCGCGCUUCGCAAGAAAGAGGACGAGCUGAUGACGAAGUCUCGUGAAGCCGACACAGCUGCGAAGGCGCUGACUGGAUGCCUGCAAAGGUUGAACGAGACUUCUUCAAAGUUAUCUGAGAAAGAAAUGUCGCUAGCAAAGCUCACCAGUGAAGUUGAUGCACUGAAGGCAGCUGUCAGGGAUGCUGAAACAAAAGCAGCUGCCGCAGCUGGUGCACACUCUGCCAGCCAAAAGACAGCAGCACCUGAGACAAAUCAAAACGUGAUCAAGGAGCCACCUGCCAAGAAAGAAGAGACACCAAAGGAAGUUGGAAAUGGGCUACAAGAGCAGCAAGACCCUGAUGUGAAUCCACCACUGGAUGCAGCCCAGUAGAGAGCAGCAAGACCACAGCAGGUAUUGCAUCAAAUGUCCAUAUAGCUGCCUGAUGAAAGGAGAAUUGAAGGUGCAGUGCGUCCAAGAUGGCACAUUCCUCCAUCUACCUGGUGUCAUUUCUCACUGCACAUCAGAAUUCCGUCAUGGUGAGAAGGACCUCGCAGAUGAUCUUCAUUUCUUUACUUGGUCCAGCUUGGAGCCUUGUACAUUGGUUAUUUUGUCCUGUUGGAGCAGGUUGUUCAUUGUGGUCGAAAUUAUUGAAUUUGCGAACCUCAAGGCUCGCAAAUCAGUUCACUGAUUUAUUGUGUACCUAUACUACCCAUCAUUAGCAGUGCUUCCAAUAUCAACGUAGCCAGGUAUGCAAGAGUGAGAUUACUCCUUGUUUGCCAUGUUUGAGCUACACUGCCGGUGUGAAAUUAGCAAUUAUUUCAAGAAAACUGCAUUGAAUAUCAUUUUUGGGAUUUGAACCUCAUUACAAUGAAGCAAGAUACUUAACAAAAUGAAUAUUGCUGUAUAGCACCUGACAUUCAUUACAAAAGUAUACAUGGACCAACCAGCAAUUAUACUCCACAGAAGAGCGCGGAAGGGGGAAGGAUGUUAGGAAAUGAGCAUGUGUUGCCAUGAAACUUGAGCUUCAUUUAAGUUUGCAAUGCCUUUAACUUGCACUUUGACUAGCAUUAAGGAUAGCAUUAAGGCAUUAAGGAGCGGAAUGUGCCUAAGUCACUUUACAGCCAGAGCAGUGAUGGUGGGAAGAGCUGGCCUAACCUAACCUGUAUGAAUUUAGUGUUAGCUCCUACCUAUAGUGUGUGCUGUAACGGAAAUAGAGGGGAAGGCCACUGGGGGGGCAUGGCAUCAGCAACAUUUUAUUGCUGAUAACGCAGUUCAUAUAAGGCUCGCUCAAGGAAUCCUUGAAGAAGAUUUGUGACGAGAACCUAGCUUAAAUUUGGAUGUCAUACAAUGCCUCUCUUAAUUAUUUUUUUUUCAUUGUCUGUACUGCAUAUUUUACAGCCCCAAACAAAAUUGGCGCCAUUCAUCUUGUUGCUCGUAACUUUCGAUUUCUUGGCGCUUCAGUUGGCAUUUGACUGCCAAGUCUAACAUCACUUAUCUUGAUUGAUCUUGCCCCAAACCCUAGCUUUUGACCUUCGACUCGUUCGUCGGGGCAGCCCAAUAAAAGAGUGUGUUUUAAAUAGCAUGAGUGUGUAGAAAGUCAAAAGUGGCCAGUUGUACAACAAAAAGAUUUACAAAAAUUUAAGCUUGACUGUGAUGGCAUGGCUCGCAUUAAACACUGCUGUUUCCAGAUGCCAUUUUUAAGCUUGACAAGUGAUAAGGUUUCUGAAGGCAAGCACGUGAAGCAUCAUUGUGUCAUGCUGUUGGCAGUACAGUAUUAGUUAGCUGCAACUGAGCCAGAGAUUAUGCACACCAGUCAUAUUAAGCUACCACCAGCUUAUGGGUUGGAAUGAUAAAAGGCUCAUGGUAUCCAGCCAAGUUUUGAUAAUCCAAUGUCUAAGCAGGAAACAAAAUGAAAAAUCCUGUUUAAUUCAAGCAAACGUCCGGGCCUUGUUUUGCCCUUUGCAUUUUGAAGGCAAAGUGCACUUAAUUCAAACAAAACUUCCAGUUAAUUGAAACUUUUCGGCUUCCUAGGGCACAGACUUCGGCCAAAAAUUGCUGCUAAACAGAACAUGCAUAUAGCCUCCUCAGACCUUAUAUCUAACGUGCUACACGUCAGCUUUUAUCCUUCUAAAGAAAAAAAAAAAAACUUACGGAGAAAAAAUUUCUAAAUUGAAGGCAGAUGCAUACAGCAAAUAUCAAUAGUUUAAUCAUCAUGUUGCCCUCGAACUUAAAGACAAUUGAUACUGCUUUGUGUGAGACCAUUGUACAGUCUACUUCCAUUAAUUCGACCCUGAUGGGACCGAUGAAUUAUCCGGUGGGUUGAAUUAAACAAGAUGCAGAAAAAACACCAAAACACAUUGCAGAUUCAUUCAAAUGCGUGACCACUUGCUAUGUGUCCAAAGUAGAAAACUAAUGUAGAAAUGACAUUAAAGCUCCUAAACAAAGUAGAAAUCUAAUGCCCACACGAUUUUUUAGAAAGAAAAAAAUGCAGCAGAUCCAAUGUGCCCUAUUUGAAUCUAUAUACAGCGAAGCUUUCUGUAAAUACAUGAGCAGUGCUGAAACACGUGUUUGUGUUUAUUCAAUGUGAGUACAAAAUGAAACCGAACGCUUUAUUAAUGUUGGCGAAGAAUGCAAUGCACCUUGAACACAACCAGCGUCACAGGGGUUGAAAGAGUCAAGCUGGAUUUCUGCGCCAUUUGUUUGGGGUACCCGACCUCCACUUGGAGGCGCAGAUGCAACUGUCCACGCGGUUGCCAGGAGGCGCAGUGCAUGCGCAACGUGAGGCCAUGCCCUCCGGUGCUCUUUCUCCCGUCUCACCGCGGCUCUCCUCGUUGCGGCCCCCUCGCCCUCUUCACCAGCGGCCACCAACCCGCAUGCACAGGCCGGCUUCCCCCCCUCUACAUUCCACUGCUGCAGGUAAAGUAGUGUGAGCCAUGGCUCCUAGAUGGCGCCGCCGAGCGCGAGCUAUUCGGUGAGAACGCAUAAGCAGCAGCAGCAGGCGGCAGCCACGGCCAGCGAGAGAGGUGCAGGGUGGUUCACAAAGAAAGCUUCGGUCUAAUAUGUGUUGCAUAAUGGCACCCGGCUUCCUAAAGUCAGUUUCACUCCAGCAGUACAUUCGUGUUGUGCAGUAAAGCAUACAAAUGCCGUGAAGGCAGUUUGGGUUUCGUAUCCGAUUGUACCGUGCAGGCAAUUAUCGGCCCAAUUUGCAUGAAAAAAAAAGAGAAUGGCACGCCCUUGAAUUGGGUAAAUACAGUAACCAGACAUUGUGAACGACGGGAAAUGACGUGUGUUCAAUGCAUUCACUGCCCCUAAGCUCCGCUGGGACAGACACUGUCACUAAAGGAGUCGCUAUUAGGCCCACCAUAGGGGUCAGGCGCGUGCGAGCUGACAGGUCAACUUCCAAUUCUCCAGCGAAGGCGAAUUGUUUAGGAUCAAAAUAACACAAAUUUGGGCCCAUAGAAAUGCAUGGGUGCUGGCCGGGGACCUUCAGUCAGGAUUGAAUUAAACCUGAAAUUGAAUUAAGUGGAGUUGAAUUAACAGAAAUCUACUGUACCAUCUCCGACGAAAAAUGCCCGUGAAGUACCUACACCUAACAUGCCAUGAAAUGAUGCUGAAAUCUGAAAUGUAAAAGCCUACCCAAUGAACUGCCAAACGACAUUAUGCUUAUGUCUUGAAAGUAAAAUAGGUUUAUACCGGAAUAAGCGUGAAAGGUGUCACUUCGUUCAUGCACAUAGAGGUGCUGCUAGAUCUUGUAUUCAUGCCAGUUGACCAAACAAAGGGUUUUGAAGUGAAUAGCUUUCUUUGUCUCUUUCCCCGUUUUUCAUGGUCAGCGGUAGGAAUUUUUCUGCUGAUAGAAUCAGGAGAGGGUAGUGCUGUAGGAAGGAGGAGAGGGCUGCUAUGGUGGCAGACCCACUGGACAGAAAGUGAAUCACUGGGGGAGAGGGAAAGGUGCCAGUCUCUCCUGACCUCGCUGUUUGGUUGGGAGAGGUGCUAACAUCCGAACAGAGGUUGAUGAACCUUGUGGGUCAGCAAAACUGUGACAGAAAAGAAACAAAAGUUGGAAAAAUGACAUGAGGCUCGGCGUCACUGGGAGGCCACCAUGACUGCAGAGGAAGAGGAAACAUUGCACCUUCACUGAUAAUUCAACGGAUUCAGAAAGCUGUUCACUUACUUUGACAUUCAUCUUCAAUGGUAUCUUCAUACAUUUUUCUUAAGAGACUGCUUGGCAGCAAAAGUUAAAUAUAAAAGGUAUUGUGUCACUAGGCUUUUCUUGGGCCUGAGCAGGAUAAGGAAUGAAUAGUCAGGACGCACCUGCAUUUGAUAUUCAACCUGCCACUGGUGUUGACGGGUGUCACUACAACAGGAUGCAAAUAAUGUGGCCACACAUUCACUGCUCUGAUAUUCGGCAAGCACGUACACAGGAUCCCCUCUUUCUGCCAUUGAACACAAGUUUUUUGUGCUGUGUCCCUUAUAAUAUGUAGUGAAAUUACCUUUUCUUUACUAUGAAAUUCUCUCAGAGUGCUCGUUUACUUGAGUUACACAUGACCUUCACUACAAAAAGUCUGGUGGAAGUUGUGUCACUGCUUAAUGUAAUGAGGUUCAGUUGUAUCCCUGUGCAUUCAAGAUAUUACCCGGUGAAUGACCUGGCCUAAUCUCAUAUUUCACUGCAGUCAUUGCAGUGUUGAUGUACUAUAUUACUUCUUUUCUGUGCAAGCGUCAACUUUUGUAUGACAGCGUCGUGUUGUCUUUGCAAGUGUGAUGUUCCUUUUGUCAGAUGUGUAAUGGCAUUUACAGCCAGUCAUUCGCACUGCAACUGUGCAUCCCAUAUUGAAAUUAUUGCGUUUCAUUCACUGCGUUACACAUUGAACUUGUUGUCUUUGCCUUUACAUUUUGCAGUAUUUGCCAGUUUUUAGUGGCACUUUAAAGGGACACUAAAGAGAGAAAAAUAAGUUGUGAGCUGUAUCAGUGAAUUACCCUUCUACAACAGCAAAAAAAAAAACACUUACUGCAAAGGAAGCUUGAUAAGUCACAAAAUAUGCAAGAACGAAAGACUUGUGGCUGCACCAACUUGAAGUUCAUGCACCAGCGUGCCGCGACAUCAUGGAUUUUUAUCACAUCUGCUCCGCAUAGCUAACCUUAAAGGGGUCCUGAACCACCUCUUAUCGGAAGUGGAGCAAUACAUUUGAAGUGAAAAUAGACUAUUUCAGAAUCACUUUGCCGCAAAAAGGACUUCAAUGCGUUCAGCAGAAGCGAAGUUAUUGGCAAUAUAACACGGCCUCCGCUGUGCUCCGCUUCCUCUUUCAAUGCCUUGCACUGCGAAGGCUACGGCAGAGUGGGGCCGGGCCACAACGCUCCGCCUCGGAAACGUCAUCGUGGCGUACAGUUCAAAUUCCAUUUUGGAUUUCGAUUUUGGUGCCUGCAAAGCGCUAAACGUAAGCCAAGCGCGGUUGUCCUCAGCGAGCCGCAAUGUGCUUAGCCACUGAACUCGUGGCAGCACCUCGCGGCGGCCGCGGUGUAGCCGACCACAGCGACCAAUAGCAGCCGUGUAUGGAGUGUGCUUUAUGACGAAAUAAAGCACACAGAAAAGAGUGAGGAUCAUGGGGUCUUUUGAAACGAGAGCGUUUGAGAGAAAGGUGACUUCGCGUUGCGCUUACGAGCUCCACGGACCACAUACGACAGCAGAACUUGGCCGAGAUGUUCACAACAUCGUAUGCUUCCCGCGGACUAUGUUAUUUCACCAAGCCCAAGGGGUGGUUCAGGGUCCCUUUAAAGUGGAUAGCUUUCUUUGGCUCUUUCGCCCCAUUUCUGUGUUUGGAGGUUGGAACAAAAGUGCCGAAGUAAAGGGCAUACGAGCUUGCAUUGCAAGGUGUGUUUGGUGCCGAACACUGUUGUAGUUUUUUUCAGAUGCACAUGCUAUCCACUUAUACUACCGCUAGAAAUGUGCUCGUUAACGGGUCUGUUCUCUAUGGAAUUGUGCAAUGAAGCAACAGGCGCUACCUAAAUAUCCUCACUGCAACAAAUAGAAGUUGUCAAGUGCACCAUUCCUAUUGCAUAGCUUUCAUGAAGUGUUCGGCUAUUUCCUUGCACAAUCAUCGUUGAUGGUUUGGCCCAGUAUUUUUCCAUCAGUGAAGAUGGACUAUUGUGUCCUAGUUCUACUUUCUUGCUGUUAGUUUACUUAUGCUGGCCAUUUUGUUGGUGUCCCAUGACACAAUGGGAAAGUCAUUUUUAAUUUACCAUCAUUUAAGAUGUUUUUCAAAAGGAGCCAAAGACUGAACUUAGUUCAAGAAUAUUUGCUGCGCUACCACUGCCCAAAUCCAUGGUGUCACACUGGCACUGGGGUUUUGUUGCGAAAUUAAAAAAAUAGGAGUUAAGUCUUCAACUUAUCUUUUAGUAAUCAACGUCCUGCCACAAAAUGAAUAAAAAUAAAAUUUCGAUAAAAUUCAGCAUUCCAAACUGAUUCAGUGCUUUUCUUUAGUGUCCCUCUAACUGUCACCACUUUUUCUCUUUAUUCUCGGUAAGGUUUUUCAGUUGACAUUGCAAUGCAAUUAAUGAAGCGCACAUUCCUACAUGUGUAGCAGUUUACAUUGUGGCCGUCUUCUUUUACUUUUUUCGUGCAAUGUAGGUGUACUUGUUGCAUCAAAGUGCAUGACUCAGUCUUUCGUGUCUACAUGCAACACUUGUGGAAUUUAGGAGAGUUUGCUGUUGGGCUAGUUGGUACCUAAUUUCAAAAUUGCAAACAGCGUCAAUGCGUCUCACUUUCCAGUUUCUUGGCGCUCUUCUAAAUUUCGAAACUUGUUGAGUGUUGCAUGUUUCAGUAAUGUGGUAUGUAUAACCACUUAUGGUUUUCUCCUUUCUACAACUUGCCAAAUAUCUUUUUUCUAUUUACAAUGUUUUAAAACCCAGUUCCUGCUUUUAGAAAAUUCCAUUUGAUAAUCACACAUACAGGUUGUGUCAUGCAGGUUUGGUAUGUAACUCUGCAUUCUUAAAAUGUCACAGGAAGCUAGCUUGAAGGCACCCUGAAACACUUUUUGAACCUAGUAAGAAAUCGUUACCAAUCUGCUAACGAGGCUCCUGUGAACAUGUGAGCCAAAUAUUGUUGCACUGCAUGCAGUAGGGAAUUUACAAUCUCGUGUCAAAAUUAGUAAAAAAUUGCUUGCUCUCUGCUUUGCAAUGUCGUCAUGCAGUGUCAUCGCAAGCAUACUCGCCAAUGCUUUUGGCUGGUUUCGUGAUCACGCGAAAAUUCUCAGUAAUACUAUUGCUCACUUGAGGUAAAUAAAUGAAAAAUAUAUGUCUGUGAUCUCAAAAUAACAGAAAAACCAUUUCAUCUUUGCACUGCCGGUCUGCACACGAUAGUUGCUCGUUGCCUACAAGAUGAAAAGCUUAGCGUAGAUAUCUCUGCUGUCACGGGGUGCCGUCACGAGCUGUCUUGGUUGAACCGACACGUUCAACCUUUGGGCAGGGCCAGCAGGGCUGGCCCUGCCCUGCUGUCUCCCCUGUGUAGCUUCCAAUGUGCUAGUGGAAAUGAAAGGAGAAUGAAAGCUGCUCAACGGUCCGAUAACUACAUUUAAGUUUGCUCGUGCUUGAAGGAUACAAAAAAAUUUUGUGGCAGGAAAUUCGUGAAGUGAUGUAAUUUAAUAAUGAUGUUAUUCUGUUAUUAGAAAAGUGUUUCAGGGCCCCUUUAAGGCUGCUUGUGUUUCUGUGCGGUGUGUUAAGUUACUCUUUAAUGUUAACCAAAUAUGCUGAAAAUAUAGCUUAGCAAAACAUAAGGACAAGGUAUUUAUUUCGAAGACAAGGAUGUAUUGUGGUAUGAUUAUUUUAAGCUGUCGCGUUUUUUUUUCUUUUGCAAUGCGACAUCGAGCAUGAAGCCUGUUCAGCAAAAGGCAUCCUUCAAGUUUAGAACAUUUAUGCUGCCAGGUGCAGGUUUUGGGCUAGUUAAUUGAACAUAAACCGUGCAGGACGAUAUGUUGAUGACGACGUUUUGUUCCUUUUCUUGUGUCCUAGUUCUGCGCUUAUGCUGUUAGUUUACUUACUCUGCCCAUUUUCUUUGUGCAGUCACAAGUGAAACAAUGGUAGUCUUUUUCUUUUUUUUAGAAGUGCUGUCAUUGCACAUGUCUUUCUUAGAUUCCACAGCAUCAUUUGCUUCCAGUCUAGACACCUUUCUGCAGUUUAGUUGUCAUUGUCAUGGAAAUUGGGAGCUUUACAUUUGAGUAAUGCAGGAACGCUGACGGGAAGAACUGUGGCCUGUCUGCAAAUUCAUCAGCUUUGUCUCUUGCCAGAUUAUUUAGCUCGCAUCUGCUGAAAGUUGCAAGAGAACUGUCGAUUCUAGAAUUUAGCCACAAUUCUUUUAUAACAUCAAAGCGAUAUUUUUUAUUUUUAUUUUACUGCUUUCCACUGCCAACGCUUUUUCUCCUUAUCGGUGUUUUAAAUGUCUGGUUUAAGCAAUGCCUCUGUCGCUUGCGACUCUUUUCCUACUUUAGUGAAUCCUUCUUCGGCCUGGCAAAAGGUGGCUGGCCUGUUUAAAAGAUAAUGAGAAAAUUGCCUACAAUUAUCUUUUCUUUGCUUGCCUACUGCUUUUCUUUGCAGUCUUACUGCAAAUUAGUUGCGUAAGAACAAUGCACAGAGCAAAGUCCUUUCUCGCGCAACCUUUUUAUGUUUGCCAGGCACACAGUAUUUUGGUUUGGUUUCUUUCAUUAGUUACCAGCCUUCGUUGAUGGCAAAAAUGUUUCAAGAAGUUAAGUCUUGGUGCUGCAAGGUUAAUGGUGUCAACCUAAAUGCUGUCGCCAUUGCAAAUGACCAAACAAGAGAUUCAGGUUAUAGUACCAACAUUCCUGUGCAGGCAGUUUUCUUGCAAAUUCACUAGAGCGCCUCCCAUCAACAUCUGGAUUCUGAUGGUUCAGUAAGUUGUUACGCUUAGAGGGAACAUGGCUUGCAAAACAUAUUAGACCAAGUUUCUCUUGAAUGUCUUCCUAGGCUGUCAUAGUGGCCACUUUUGUAACUAGAAAACAGCGGAGAUAUGGAAGUAAAUUUUCAUCGAAUAAGCAGUACGUUGCAUGUCCCUUCGAAAUGUGACAUUUAAAAUGUGUUUUUCAAGUGUGCACAGUCACCAUAUUGAAUUUUGCUCGACUUGAAGCAGCUUCUUGACCGUGUGAGUGUGGAAGGUACAAUUACUAGAGGCCACAACUGAAGUAGCCUCUGUGCUUAAACAUUGUUUCUCCCUGUCCCCAAGCUGUAAUAAGGUUGUCAGACUUUCGCAAAAUUCAAAGAGAGCAGAGCUCUCUCAAGCAUCCCUUCGUUGUAGGAAUUUGAUGAGCAGCAGUUACUUUACAGAUGAAGGGCAGUGCCAUAUCCCACACUCCCAUACGUUGAGGAACUGCUUCAAGUUGAGGCAUGUUUCUUUAAGGGUGUGAGGCGCGACUCACCAACAUCAGGCACCUGUGCACUUUUGACCGCGAGGACUAGCAGGCAACUAGGAGAGGAUAAAGAGUGCUUUGCGCUGCACAGUUGGUGCAGUACUGCAGUGGAUGAGAGGUCCACAGCGAGACGCAAUUUUCAUUUUCACGAUAUGUUUUAUUUCCAUGCUACAUGUGAUAAAAAGUGUGUUAAUGUUACACGAGCCCCCUUUCAGAGGCUCAGGGACUAUGAAACAGUGAUUGUGAGUCAAGGUGUUGCCGUCGAGAAGCAAAAUGCUUUGUUACUCAAACGAGAAGAAAAAAAAAAGGAAGUCACCGAGCUUCACAAUCAGGACUACACUGUAAAUCUUUGGAAAGACGAGAGUUGUACCAGUGAUGCAGUGUUGUAUGAAAUAGAGAAAAAAAAAUGUUUGUAAGUGGAGAGUUGUAAUAAAAUAAUGACUCAUGUAGCA